GAAGACAAGUCCUUGAAUUCUUGUAUAUAUAUAUUAUCAAUUUUAGUGUUACUGAUAUAUAAAUUAUUUUAGAUCACAAAUCACAAAAGGCAUUUGGUUAGCAAAUUGUGUUGGGAUUGAACCAUGUACAAUUGCUAUGGACUUAGAAGAUACUGAUGGACGAGAACAAGGAGAGGAUGAUAUUUCCUUUGAGAAGCAGAGUGCUCUUUUUGCUUUAGCAGUUUCUGAUAUAGUCCUAAUAAACAUGUGGUGCCAUGAUAUUGGUCGAGAACAAGUGGCAAACAAGCCUCUUUUAAAGACAAUCUUUCAGGUGAUGCUGAGACUAUUUAGACCUCGUAAGACCACUCUACUAUUUCUUAUACAAGAUAAAAUAAGGAUCUCUUGGUACCUUAUCGAAGGGGUGGAAAGAUUGGAAUUUUUGAUGAAGCUGGUGUGGGAAGACUAGAUUUAUUAUGGAAUUGAUGAUCAACAAUGUUGGAAAAGAUUGACAUGGAAGAAUCAACAAGUGAGAAAGAGGAGUCCAAUUAAAUUCUAC